CGCCGCUCGCAGCUCGGCGCUGUGACAGUGGGCUGCUUUGAUUCAUGCUGCUCGGACUCUCGUUUCUGGACGUGAAGAACAAUUAAUGCGGGCACAACAGAGCACACCAAGCUCGAGGAGGAGAAGAUGAACGUGGAGGCUCUGAGCCGAGCAGAGCUGCUGACUCUCCUCAGUAUCUUGGAGGGAGAGCUGGAGGCCCAGGAUGUAGUCAUACAUGCCCUCAGGGCUCAGCACAAAGAUGCGUUUGUCCAGGAGCGCUAUGGACAGUACGACCUCAGCGAUCCAUUCCUGGCCCUGCAGCGGGACAACGAAGCUGCGGAGCGCCACGACGCGCUGGCCCAACCGCACACACAUCUGCAGGGUCAGGCUGUGGGCCCCAACCCUCUGGCUGUGCUGAAACUGGUCAUGGCUCACUGCAAGAGGAUGCAGGAGAGGAUGAUGGGACAGUUGGCCGCGGCGGAGAGCCGCCACCGGAGGAUGAUCGCUGACCUUGAGGAGGAGAAGCGGCGGCGUGCCCAGGACUCUGCACAGCAUGCCAACUUCACCUUCAUGCUGCAGACAGAAAGAGACAAACUGCUGCAACAGUUGGAACUCGAGCAUGCAACGGUCCAGAGGCUGGAGAGGGAACAAGCACAAGUUGUGAGCAAGGUGGAGGAGUCUCUGUCCCAGCAGCAGGAGCUCUCCUCCACUCUGUCUCUGGAGCUCCAGAAGGCCAGCAGCCAGGCUCAGGAGGAGGCGCAGAAGGUCUCCCAGCUUCACCUGCUGCUGCAGGAGGAGAGCGGCACCCUGGAGAAGCUCCGGGCCAUCCUGGAAAAGGAGAAGAGCCGGGCGGCCCAGCUGGAGGCCAGCGCCGAGAGGCAGCGGGCUGAAUUUGACGCAGAGCGAGAAGAGAUGAGAGCCAGGCUCGUCAAAGAGGAGGGGAGGAGCAGGGAGCUGGAAAGGCAGGUGGAGGAAUUAAAGAAGAGGCUGGCUGAACCCAAAAGAUGCAGAGAGGAAGUUAAAGAAGGUGUGGCAGAGGCGAGAGGAGAGUCCAAGGUGAUAGCUGCAUCCACAUCACUUCAAACUGAGCCGGAUGGAAGGAUAACAGCCACUCCAAAGUCGGGAUCGCUCCCGAGGGUCAACGGCCAUCAUAAAGACGCAGAGCCGCCACAGGAGGGGAGAGGAGCAGAGAACGGAAGUGUAGUAGAAAACGGAGGAGCGGCGCUUUUGCAUUCCCCUCUUCAUCCGAACGCCCACUCCCCCUCCAGCACGGCGUCGUCCUCCCUCUCCUCCUCCCCCAUCUCCUCACCUGUCCUGGCCAAACGUCUGGGAAGCCCGGGCUUCCAUCAGUCGUCCUACCAGGCCGGGGUCAACCAGCGAUUCCAGGCGGCCAGACACAAGUUUCAGAGCCAGGCUGAGCUGGAGCAGCAGCAGCACGGCGGCCCUCUCUCCCCCCGGGACCUCUCCCCCACCACCGCCUCCGUCCCUCCCCCUCCAGAGCACAGCACCGCCAAGCAGCUCGCCCGCAACACGGUCACCCAGGUGCUGUCCCGCUUCACCAGCCAGCAGGCCGGCGUCAAGCUGGCGCCCAUCAGCAGCUCGCCGUUCGGUACAGACUAUCGCAACCUGGCCGCGUCCCCCACCGGAGGGAGGUCUCCCUCCUCGGGCCCGCUCUCCCCGGGCAUCCGCUCGCCCAUCACUCCUCGCUCGGAAAGGACGCAUCCUCCUCCGCCGAUCCCCCCCAAGAAGCCGGGGAUGAGUCCCACUCCGGGCUCCCCGAGCCACUCCGCCCGGGCCAGCCUCUUCCCCGAGCUCACGGGGAACUGCGGACACAGCGGGCCGGAAGGAGCCAAGGAGGCCGACCUGGUGUUGUCCUCCAGCAGCUAACAGCCACACCUUCAAAUUCAUCACCUGCCGCAGCCCUGCAGCCCUCACAAACCCACUUCACAACUCGCAGAUCCGUAGAAUGAUUCAAGGACACCCCCUACCUCUUUUAAUCCUGAUAAACCAUUGGAAAAUAACUGAGAUAAAACAAAGCAUAUUAUAAAUUCCAUUUAUUUUUUAUUUUUAUUCCACUCUGUAGGUAUAUUGUAACUUUCAAAUGUCAUAAUUAUUUAUGUUUUCUGCAAUAUUCCUACAAUGUUGUUUUAGGAGAAUCUCAAAGGGAUUUUAUUGAUUUAUUAGGUUUUAAUCAUAAGUGGAGGGUAAAAUACAUGGAUGUAGAAGUAGGAAAACCUAACUGUCACAUUUAUAUUGCGAGUAGUUUCUGUUUCUAUCCACCCAUUGUGUUUUUAUGCAGUUUAUAUGGAAAUAAUCCCACAAAUACUACUAAACUGUAGCUAUGUUGAAGAUUUUAGCUUCUCAAUGAACUCCACAUGCAUGUUCCAUUUUUCUACUAUGAAAACACUGAUCUUGAAAAAGGGAGAGCACAUUUUGCACUGCAUUACUGUUUGUCCACAAUUUUAGACUUUUUUAUUUUCAAUCAGGGAAGAGAUUUUUCAUUUAUUCAAACCAGGGAGGACGAUGUGUCACCAUGGUGAGAUAUUUUCAUCAGUGAACACUUAAGGUUUGACUCUUGCUACUGUAAUAACUCUAUAUGAAAAACACAUUUACAUAGUGUUGUGACUCAUUCUAACAGUGCUACACAUUGUUUUAGGUUUGAAAUUGUAUGUCUUUUGCUACUUGACUUUCACAAAUAAUUAAAUACAAUUUUAGCCACUCAAAUCUGUAGAUACGGCUGUGUGUUAAUAGAAAUCAACAGCAGUCAAGUCAAUGAGCAUAUCAAGUUUUUUUUUUAAAUAAACAAUUUCUAC